AUGUCGCCGGAUGGAAGCGCAAGUCAGAGAGACUCGAGCCAGGCAUAUACCUCUGAACAUUAUGGAACAAGGGAAAACAAGAUUUUGACACCAACCUCGUUGUCAUCCGGUGACAAUGACCACUACGGCGCACAAAAGUUCACAUCCAACAAGGGCCUACCACCUCACCCGGCCUACUACAAUGAGCAGGCCGGCGCCGCUCCGGUCAACUCAGCACCCGCCCCGACUGCUGGCAGCCCGACAAGCUAUGUAUCAGCAGCAUCGCCUCAGCAACAACAGCGACCACUAUGGAGGAGGAGAUCCGUAAAAUCUGAUCUUCCCUCUCAAAGUCAAACGGCUCAAACGAACAACAUGGGCCAGGAGGUCUCGCGGUUGAAGGAGAAGAUUCACCAUUUGCGCGAUGGACAGGAUGGCGCAAAUGUGGGAACGUCUCACAGCGACACCGCGCUCUCGCCAACCCAACGCCUGCCGACUCCCGACUAUGAGAAGGAAGAUGUCAAAACGCCGGUUGUCGAAACAAUCGUGUCGCCCGUCUCUCCCGCUUCCUCUCCCGAGCCUGGCCGCGAGCAAUCGAACGGGUCCAAGCCUCCUAUUCCCCGCAAGGCGGUCACAGCGCGCAACUUACACAACGCUCAAAGCUUGCCUCAAAUGCGCGCGGAUGGGCCUGUCACCAGCAGCGAGGCUCCCCCGACCAUCACGAGAGAUUUUGCAGUCAGCCCCGUUAGCCCCGAUCCUCAGAACCAGCUGCCGCCUCGGGCCGCACCCAAUAAGCAGCAGCAGCAGCAGCAGCAGCAGCAGCGGGAGUAUGUGCCCUAUGCGCCGGCACCCGGAUUCGCGCAGGGAGAUAUGCGACCUGCCUCGAGAGAUCAGCGCCCCAACCAAGAACCCGUCGAGUACCGCGAGCUCAAGGUCAAGGACCUGCCGCCUGCCGACCCUCGCGCGUCGUUCUUCCCCAUGCAGGGUUCGGAGCCUCCCAGCCCCGGCAUGAUCUACAAGGCUCUGCCCUUGAAGGAGAGCAUGCUCGACUGCUAUGUCAAGCACCGCACCAUGGACCGAACUCGCAACCGCAACUACGCCCUCACCUGCCAGACGUGCGGUAAGGCCGAUACCGAGGACCGUUACAAGUGCCAGUUCUGCUACGUACGCAUGUGUGCCUCCUGCCUGCAAAUCUUCAACAGCAACCGCAGAGACCUCCGGAAGCUUGUGGCUCACUUGGAGGGCAACCCGCAGAGCGGCGGCUCCCAGGAGCGCCCUCCCACGGCUGCUGGCAUUGAGGCCUCCGAGAAGGAAGAGCAGCGUACAGACGCUCAACAACAGCACCAGAACCAGCAAUCAGUUACAGCCUGA